CAACUUCGUCUUUCCGUUUAUGGCAUUAUAAUACUUUAAUAAUGGUUCACAAAGAAUAGUUUGAAAUCUAUUUUAUACAACUGACGCUUGUACAACAUGACAAGUUUACGGAAUACAGGAAGAUAUCAAGCUAAUAGGUUCAAUAGAAAGAAUGAUCAGAAUCAAGAAGGAAAUCCAUCAGGGGAGGCAUCAGGGGGAAGAUUAAAUGAAGUUAAUAAGAACACCAAAAUAGAUACUUUAUAUGGAUUUCAUAGGGUAACUGAUAUAAAAGAAAGAACAGGAUUUCUUAUUAAUAUGCAUGCAACAGAGAUUAUAGAGGAUGAUAAAAGACUGCUAAGUGGAAUAGACUACUACUUUCUCGAAGCAGACUGCACCAGAUUUAAGAUUUCUUAUCCAUAUUGCCCAUAUUUUUAUAUCUUAUGUAAAAAGGACACCUAUGAAGAAGUUUCCAAUGGUUUAAACAAGAAGUACAGUGGGCAAAUACAUAAAGUAGACACAGUCUACAAAGAAGAUCUUGAUCUGCCAAAUCAUUUAAUUGGUUUAAAACAAAAGUACCUUAAACUGUCCUUUGUGAACACUGUGGACAUGACUAAAAUUAGACGUGAUAUUAUGAAAGCUGUAAAAGUAAAUAAAGAGAGAGCAAAGAGUCACACUUAUUAUACAGAUAUGCUAUCAACUGUGUUGAAUCCAGAUCAGGAAGUGGGAGAUCCUAAGAAGCAAAUUAUAGACUUUACAGAUAAUAUUCUUGAUAUUAGGGAAUAUGAUGUGCCACAUCAUGUACGGGUAUCUAUAGACAUGAAAAUCUUUUGUGGUAACUGGUACUCUGUAAAAACAAGAGGGAAUGAAACACCAAUCAUAACUAGGAGAGAAGACAUCAUCGAACCACCUGAGCCAAUUGUCCUUGCUUAUGAUAUUGAAACCACAAAGCUUCCUCUGAAAUUUCCAGAUGCUAAUACAGAUCAAAUCAUGAUGAUAUCAUACAUGAUUGAUGGACAAGGAUACUUGAUAACGAAUAGAGAAAUAAUUUCAAGCGAUAUUGAAGAUUUUGAGUACACACCGAAACCAGAAUUUGAGGGAUUCUUUACUGUUUUCAAUGAGGCCAAUGAAAAAGCGUUAAUAAAAAGAUUCUUUGAUCAUAUAAAUGACAUUCGGCCACAUAUAUUUGUAACAUAUAACGGUGACUUUUUCGAUUGGCCGUUUGUAGAAACUAGAGCAGCUGUCCAUAAUAUGGAAAUGAAAGACAGAAUCGGAUUUUCCAAAGGUCGAGAUGGAAUUUAUAGUUGUAGACCAUCUAUGCACAUGGAUUGCUUGUGUUGGGUAAGACGCGAUUCAUACUUACCUGUAGGCUCUCAAAGUCUAAAAGCUGUUGCAAAAGCAAAACUUAGAUAUGAUCCAGUGGAACUGGAUCCCGAAGAUAUGUGUAGAUUAGCAGCUGAAGAGCCAAAGACUCUUGCAAGCUAUUCAGUUUCUGAUGCAGUUGCAACAUAUUAUUUGUAUCAGAAAUAUGUUCACCCUUUCAUAUUUGCAUUGUGCACUAUUAUUCCUAUGGAACCGGAUGAAGUACUUAGGAAAGGAUCUGGAACGUUAUGUGAAUCUCUUUUGAUGGUACAGGCCUUUCAAGCUAACAUUAUAUUUCCUAACAAACAAGAAGCAGAGCUAAGCAAAUUUACAAGAGAUGGUCAUUUGUUGGAUCAAGAGACCUAUGUAGGAGGACACGUAGAAGCUCUUGAAUCUGGUGUUUUCAGAGCUGAUAUUCCUUGUCGAUUUAAGAUAGUACCAAGUGCAGUGGACGAACUAGUAAAUGGAGUGGAGAAUGCUUUAAAGUACACUAUACAAGAAGAAGAAAAAGUUCCAAUGGAAAUGGUCACGAACUUCGAUGAAGUAGUUCAGGAAAUCAAAGUAAAGCUCGAGGCUUUGAGAAGUCAGCCUCUGAGAUUGGAAAACCCCGUGAUUUAUCACUUAGACGUCGGUGCUAUGUAUCCAAACAUUAUUUUAACUAAUCGUCUCCAACCAUCCGCCAUGGUAGAUGAAACUGUUUGCGCUGCGUGCGAUUAUAACAAGCCACGAGCUUUGUGUCAAAGACGUAUGGAAUGGAUGUGGAGAGGAGAAUAUUUGGCCGCGAGUUUAAGUGAAUACCAGAGAAUGCAACAACAAUUGGAAACCGAAAAAUUUCCACCACAGUUUCCUGGUGGUGUACGGCGAGCCUAUCAUGAAUUGUCUAAGGAAGAACAAGCUAUGUACGAGAAAAAAAGACUUUCAGAAUAUUGUAGAAAAGUUUAUAAGAAAGUGAAAAUUACAAGAACGGAGGAGAGAACGCAAACGAUUUGUCAGAAAGAGAAUUCCUUUUAUGUCGACACUGUUAGAGCAUUCAGAGACAGGAGAUACGAAUAUAAAGCGCUUACUAAAGUUGCCAAGCAACAGGUAACAGCAGCGUUAGUAAAGGGUGACGCAGGCGAUAUUAAGUCUGCCAAAAAUCGAGAAGUACUUUAUGAUUCAUUGCAACUCGCUCACAAAUGUAUUUUGAAUUCCUUUUACGGUUACGUCAUGAGAAAAGGCUCCCGAUGGUUUAGUAUGGAAAUGGGUGGUAUAGUAUGUUACACGGGAGCACACAUUAUCAUGAAAGCUAGAGAAAUUAUAGAACAGGUUGGACGUCCACUGGAAUUGGAUACGGAUGGGAUUUGGUGCGUUUUACCCGCUUCUUUUCCUGAUAACGUAGUUGUUCACACGACUCAUCCAAAAAAAUCGAGGCUUACAAUAUCUUAUCCCAAUGCUAUUCUUAACUUUAUGGUGAAAGACCAAUUUACUAACGCCGCAUACCAUGAGCUCGUCGACCGUGAAAAUUUAACUUACAAAGUUAGAAGUGAGAAUUCUAUAUUUUUCGAGGUCGACGGGCCUUACUUGGCUAUGGUACUGCCCGCUGCAAAGGAAGAAGGAAAGAGAUUAAAGAAGCGAUACGCUGUCUUUAAUUUUGACGGUUCAUUGGCUGAGCUGAAAGGGUUUGAAGUAAAGAGAAGAGGUGAGCUUCAACUAAUUAAAAUUUUCCAGACAUCUGUUUUUGAAUCCUUCCUGAAAGGGAGCACAUUGGAGGAAUGCUAUGCGUCUGUAGCCAAGGACGCUGAUUAUUGGCUGGACGUUCUUUACAGCAAGUGUGCAGAUAUGCCAGAUACAGAACUGUUUGAACUCAUAUCUGAAAAUAAAUCUAUGUCGCGUAAAUUGGAGGACUACGGGGCACUCAAGUCUACAUCUAUUUCCACUGCUAAAAGAUUGGCCGAAUUUUUGGGUGAUCAGAUGGUGAAAGAUGCUGGUUUGGCGUGUAAAUACAUUAUUGCUAAUAAGCCCCCAGGUGCACCAGUUACGGAACGAGCAAUACCGUUGGCGAUCUUCCAGUCGGAACCAGCAAUUAGAAGACACUAUUUGCGCAAAUGGUUGAAAGAUCCUGGUUUACAAAGUGACGAUAUAAGACAAAUUUUGGAUUGGGGUUACUACAUUGAACGACUUGGAAGUGCUAUUCAGAAGAUUAUUACCAUUCCAGCUGCAAUGCAAGGACUUUCCAAUCCCGUGCCUAGAGUAAAACAUCCAGAUUGGUUGCACAAGAGAGUAAUGGAGAAGAAUGCAACGCAUAGGCAAAAAAAAAUUACAGAUAUAUUUUCAGCAGUACCAAGAAAUCAAGAUCAGGGCGACGAUGCCGAAGAAGCAGGUCCAUCAGAGCCACGAGAUAUUGAAGAUAUAGCAGGUGGAGAACAACUGUUUAAGCGUCCAGUACCAGUAGUUAAUAAAAGAAAGAGACAAUCUGAGGGGGAGGCGGAAAAGAAUAAGAAUAAGAGUUGGAGGGACGUUUUGGGUUCACCGCCUCCAAUGGGAACGACAAAAGAAGAAAGACUUGAAUGGUUGAAGUUCCAUAAACAGAAAUGGGCUCAUCAAGCUAAACAAAGAGGUGAACAUCAAAAGAGCAAAAAGACUAAAAGGUCUGCGGAAGACCAAACUGAAGUUAGCUGGGGCGUUACAAGAGCGAAUACCAAUACAGCCACUUUAGGCGGUUUUCUGAGACGAGCUCAAAAAAAAUUGAUCACUUCGCCGUGGCAAAUUAUUCAGAUAUCCCCAACAAAUGAGCCCGGUUUAUUCAGAUUGUGGGUACUUGUCGACGAAGAUCUUCACCAAUUACGUCUUAUAAUACCCCGUAUAUUUUACGUAAAUACACGAAAACCCAAACCUGAUCCAGAACCGGGUACAAAAGUAUCUUGGACGAGAAGCUCGAAAGUAUUACCUCGUUCACGACCAAUACAUAAUUUGUAUCGGUACUCUGUUCCAGAAGCACAGUUCCAAAUGCACAGUCAAGAGCUGUUAGAAGAUUUAAGUAAACCGGAAAUCGAAGGAAUUUACGAAACGCAAAUGUCAUUAGAGUUCAGAGCUAUUCUUCAAUUAGGAUGCGUUUGCACAGUGGAUCCCAAGGCAGCUCGUAAGAUACCUGAUGGUGCAGAUACUUUUACCUUAGAUCAAUUGGAAUUCAAGAGUAUCGCUGUACAACCGUAUCUGAAGAAUGUCCAUGCAAUUAAUUAUAUUUUCUUGUACCAUCAUUGGAGUUCUAAUCAUCAAAGAGCGUUUUGGGGCCUUUUUCUAAAUGCGAGUAAGAGAUGUCAUAUAUUUGUCUUAGACUCGGUGUCGUCAAAUCAAAUGCGUAAUAUGAACGCACUAUACAGUCAGGAACGAAGCACGGCUAUAUCCAUGAACGGAGAAGACAAAGUAAACGUUUUACCGGAAUCAAUGCAAUUUACUCUAAGAUUUGAAACCAAUUUUCAACAACUUUGUCGACUUUUGCAAGCAGCUUUAACUGUAUAUAAAAACGAAGGACAUGGUGCAACAAUAGUCAUUACACAAACCGCUAUAGAUAAAACAGCAUUGAUAACUCAAAUGCCUUUACUUAAUGAUUUCCCGUUGAUUGAUACCCAUGUACAAGAUAUUGAAAAUUUAUAUAGUACACUGGAGUGGCAGAAAGUUGCUGCAACGAUAAUGAUACGUCAUUACUUCAAGAGUCAACAAAUUAUCGAACUGAUGACAGAACAGUGUAGAUUCUUCUAUGUACCUAUUGGAAACAUUCCUGCAGAUCCCACAGUCUUUGCUGCAGACUUGUUUUAUGCUAGACAUUUGCAGAAAAAUAACUUUGUGUUAUGGUGUUCUCCUACAGAGAAACCUGAUUUAGGAGGCAGUGAGAACGACGACAAUAGAUUAUUGACCGACUUUGAAGAAAGUUCCCAUUGUGCUGCAAACAAUCCUGGUACAUACUCCAGCGUAUGCAUUGAAUUGGAAAUAGAAAGCUUGGCAGUGAAUACUUUGUUACAAUAUCAUCAUAUUCAUGAUAUUGAUGGAACAAGUUCCUUUGUUGCGUUUCAUAAUCAACAGAUGGCAUCUGUUCAAGAAUUGGCAACGGGUGAUUCUACGGAAAGUGUAAUUCCUAGCUAUGAUGAAACUGCACUUUGUAGUCCUGCCUUUCGAAUAUUGCGAAGUAUGGUGAAUGCAUGGCUAUUGGACGUUUCAGUUUAUAAAAAUGUAUUUGCGGAUUAUCAAAUUAUUCACUUUUAUAGGUGGUUGCGUUCAUCUAAUGCUUUACUUUAUGACCCUGCUUUACAAAGAACUUUGCACAGUUACAUGAAAAAAUUAUUUAUACAAUUGUUGGCUGAGUUUAAAACAUUAGGUUCAAUUAUCAUUUUCGCAAAUUUUAAUAAAAUCAUUCUGUGCACCAAGAAAAGAACAGUGAGCGAUGCAGUGGGUUAUAUGGAAUUUGUUGUCCAAACGAUACGUAAUAAAGAAAUCUUUCAUAGCAUUGAAAUCACUUUUGAACAGUGUUGGGAAUAUUUAAUAUGGCUUGAUGUUCAUAAUCAUGCUGGCGUGAAAGGAAAAUUACCAAAGGAUUUGGACGAAAACACUGAAACAAAUAUUCUCAAUGAUGAUAUGGAUAAUGAGGAUAAUGAUAAUUCGCCCGAAAUAGUGAUGAAAUGGAAUUUGAUGGAAUGUUUACCAAAAGAGUCUGCAUGUCAGUCGAGUUUUAGUGCUAUAAUAGCGGGUUACAUAAACGCCAUUUAUCAAUUCAUGAUUGAAAACGAACAACUGAGUUGUACUAUAAGACCUAGAAGAAAAUCUACUAGCUUAAGUCAAAGCUUAUCGGCGCAGUUAGGAUUAGGAUCACUCGAGAAUACGGCAGACUUCGCUAAGAAACUGAUAUCUGGAGAUUUGUCUCAGAAACUUUUCCAUAUUGUACAGAAAAUAUACAAGAAACUUCCUGAGAAAGAAUUAACUAUUCAAGAGUAUCCAAACUUGGAUUUAAAUGGUAAAGAAAGUAAAAAAAUUAAUCCUGCUUUGGAGUUAAUUAAGUCAGUUUGUAAGGUCUUAUCCUUGGACAAAGAAAUUAACAACGAAGUAUAUAAUUUGCAAAAUAAUAUGUUACGAUUGGUUAGAAUUGGUAGCUUCAGUGAUGCAGUUGAAUGGAAAGAUCCGUGCGUUUCAUUAAUUUUACCCGAAAUUAUUUGUAAAGCAUGCAAUCAUACAAGAGAUAUCGAUCUUUGUAAAGAUAAUUUUUGCGUAAUGGAGGAUGACAGAUAUCUGUGGAAAUGCCCUCUUUGCAGCAUGAGCUAUGAUAAUGAAGAAAUAGAAUACCUUCUGAUAGAUGUAUUAAAUCGAAAAAGUAUGGGUUACAUGUUGCAAGAUUUACAAUGCCGUAAAUGUAAUGAAAUUAAAAGAGAAAACAUGAACGAACUCUGUUCCUGUUCUGGGGAUUUCAAAACUUUAAUUCCCAAAAAUGAAAUAGUAAAGUUUGUGAAGAUAUGUAAAUCUGUUGCUAUGAAGUGUAACAUGGAAACAUUAAUGGAAACAGUUGAAAACACAAAACUUUUGAUAGAUGCCGCCUAG